CUAGAUGUUGGAGGGAAUGAGGCUGAAGGGAUGGGCGCUGUCCGYGGAAGCUCUGGCGGGGAGCAGAYUCCUUCGGAGAAGAAGAGCGAGUGACAGAGGAUGGUGCAAGAGGAGGUGGCGGAAGGAACCUUCCGCAUGAAGAGGAUGAGAGGAAAACCGGAGGCGGUGACGGGCGGGGAUGGAGGUGGCGACGGAGAACGUGCCUCGGGAAAGAGGCCGACGAAGGAAGAGGGUGGGACGGCAAGUAAGAAAGCGAGGAGGCCCCAGGCCGGCGGUUUGACCAUCCGCGAAGGACAAGCCGCGGGUGGAGGAGAUUCGGCUGAUCCAGGCGCUGCCGCCGCGAGAGAACCUUCGGGGAAAUCGAAACGGAAAGUGGCAGCUGAAGAAGGCGAUGGCCAGAAGAAACCUCAGAGGCGGAAGACUGCUGGGGCGGCGAUCAGGGGCGAACGGCCUGUCGGGGAGGAGUGGAACGAAGCAGCAGCGUUCAGGCUCGAAUACGAGCGGAACGAUGGCGGUGAGAUCAUGGAGAAGGAGCUCCUCGUCCAACUGCUCAUCGACCCCAGGAAGGUCUCCGACAUCCCGUCUUGGGAAAGAUAUUACAACCACCGCGGUCUAAAUCGCGAAACUGUGGACGACAUCAAGGCUGUGAUGCUGCGUUAAUUCCGCGAGAAAAGGGGCAAGAUCUGGACGAAAAACCCUUUGUUUCUAACACCCAUCUACAAGUC